ACGUAUAUACUAUGAAAAAUGCAUAAGCCGUAGCAUGAAUAUGUUACGUUCCUUCGAGUUAGAUGAUUAUUCGCUAGCUCGUGUAACAGCGAGACCCGAAUUCAUGGAAGAUGUUACCGUGACACGCGAUGUUACGAAGCGAAUUGUCUACGACAGAAACGACAACUUUUUUCUUCAGUUCACUUCCAUUCGAAGAGCCUUGAACAUCUACUUUUUCUUUUUUUCUUCGACGCAAAUACAUUCCAUUUUUUGUUUUAUUCAAAUUUAAUGUCCGCAACGAUUCGUUCCGAAAAAUCGAAAGAUGAAUCGGAUUUCAAGGUCGUCGAUUCGAUUAAAACAUCCAGCAAUACUCGUAAAGCGAAUAUGUUCGAUGUUUAUGCGAACAUUUUUCGACUUAUUAUUGUACACUGGAUACCACGGCUUUGUUAUGUGGAAGAGGAACAACGUAACAAGGAAUUGAACGAUUUGAUUUUACCCAGCAAUACGCAAUGGCGCCAUCGAGUUUAUUACACACUGGUCGAAUUACAACGAGAAAAAGACAUCAAAAUAAUCGGAUUAGAAUGCAAAUUAAUUUCUACAUCCUCAAUAAUGGUGGAAACAAGAAGAAAAGAUGAAAAGGAAACGAAAUUAAGGGAUCCCCAGGAUUACGAAUGGAGUCCAGGAAAAUUAGAACGAAUUGUGAAGGCGAAGAUCUUGAAGGAAGAAGAUACGACUAGUUUGUGCGCUACGUUUAGUUCUAAUGGUUCUAUGACGGAAACUUACAUCGAACCGGGAUGGCGAAUCGAAGAUAUCCUAUUAGCAGCUAAAGUUCUUGAAGAAGAAAAAACUCAGCCUUGUUAUGCCAACGAAGCUGAGAUGCGACGUGUAUUUGGACUUGUGUACGAUGUUUUAAGAUAUAGAAAUGUUCUGAAUUACGUUCUGCAGGAUGUUGGAUUCUGGUCUCGGAAUCAGGCAUUGAAAAAUCGUGAAAGGAUCGUUUGGUUAUUGUUGUACGAUAUGCAAGGAAGAAAAUUUUCCAGACGUGGUGAUAUCGUUACUAUAAAGGCACGUGAUCAAAUUUUUAAGACGGUUGGCUUGAAAGAUAUCGAGAAUGCUCUUUUAGAAGUUAGGACACAUUUAGCAGCCAGUAUAUCUCGUUUGCGAAUAGCUGGAUCAGCACUUACACUUGAUAAACUAUUGCCGAAACAUCUGCGUACUGGCGAAGGUAUUGUUUGGUCCGAAGGAGAUACUAUUGCUUCUGGAUGGAUCAACACAUCGAAUGGUACCAUAAAUAGGAUCGAACUGAUCAAGGAAUUAUCAAAAGAAGUUGGAUUAGAACUUUGUGAAAAUUGUGAAGUUGCGGAAUUGGACGAGAAUACUUACGUUUUCGAUUCGUUUUGUCCGAAAGUAAUAAACGUACACGAAAAAAUACGAGAGAGGAUUGCUUGUUCUAAUCUCGUUCGUGAACAUCGAUUUAUAUUUUUGGAACGAUCAUUAUGUCUUGGAGCAGCUGCCAUAGCUCUAGCCAUGCGAAUAGGUCGACUAUGUGGUCCUGUAGUCUUAACUCAUUCGGUAGCACCUCGUCAUACAGGAUAUUUAGCAGAACUUUUAUCAAAUGUAGAAGGUGCUGGUAGACUUUUAGCCUUUGGCACGGGUGAUCGUCGUUACGAAUACGAGGAGUAUUUGAAGAAGCUUGGAAUUACGUUGCAACAAUGUCGAGUAUUCUCGGAAAAAUAUAUCUCACCACCCCCAUCAGUUGAAAUAGAUAGAGCAACCGUUGUUUUAGCUACACCACCGUCCAGUUAUAUCGGUGUCAAGGAUAUCGUUGAUCUCGUGGUUGCUCGAGGUGGUGAUACGAAGUUAUUGGAAUCAUUGACAAAUACUGACGACGAAUUUUCUAAAACUCGUGCCGUUUUAAUCGAACAAUUGACUACUUUGAAAUAUGCUUUAACAAGACCAAACGUACAAUUUCUAAUAUACGAAGUACAUACUGUUUUACCCUCCGAAACAACUAAAAUGGUACAACAAGUUGUCGAUUAUGUUAAUCAAAUGGCUACCGAAAAAUAUAUUCGCGAAUGUCUGCCGAAGAGGAAAGCUUUAUUGAAGGAAAAACAAGGACAGAAUACUAUCAUCAAAACUUUGACGAAGCAUUCCCUACAAAGCAAAAGUUCGAACGAUGAAUUCGAGGAAGAAUCUUCUAUUACUGACUCGUCUCAUACAGAAAAGAUAAAUCAACACGAAGAAAGCAAAAUACCAUCUUCUACGAGAUAUGAUAACAUAAACGUACCGAAGAGCGAUCUAUUCGAAAUUCAAACUUUCGACGAAGUCUAUAAUAAGGAUAGUACUCAGACAUUAGAGCCAGGAUGUUUUAUAACUGUGAUUAAGCGAAAGGAAAUAAUGCAAUUUGAUUCUUUGUUUAUGAUCAAAGUAGCAGAAUCGAAAGGUCUUUUUGGUGACACGGAUAAAGAACAGAGUACAUCGAAAUCGACUGUAACGCAAACUCAACCGAUCGUUCAGACUUCUCAUGUUCACCGUGUUAAACGUAAGAAUUAUGAUCUCUACAGAUUAGAGAAAGGACCACCGCAACAGACAACGUUGAACGAUGAGGAUGCCACUUAUAUUUUGAGAACAAUGCACUAUAUUCGAAGAAUGGAAAAUAAAAUAGCUGAAAUGUACAGGAUGCGAUUGAUCAAUGGAUUCUGUCAUUUAUACGCUGGUCAAGAAGCUGUUGCAGUCGGCUGCAAAGUGGCAUUAAAGGACAAUGAUAAUGUAAUAACAGCUUAUCGCUGUCAUGCUUUCGCUUUUCUCUUCGGUGGAAAUGUUCGUUCGGUUAUGGCAGAAUUAAUGGGACGAAAAACUGGUAUUUCUAAAGGCAAAGGUGGAUCGAUGCAUAUGUACGCACCAAACUUUUAUGGAGGUGAAGGAAUCGUCGGUGGACAGGUACCGAUAGGUACAGGUCUCGCAUUUGCCCAUAAAUAUAACGGCACUGACGCAGUAUCAAUUUCAUUGUACGGUGAUGGUGCAAGCUCUCAAGGUCAGAUAUACGAGGUAUGGAAUAUGGCCAAAUUAUGGAAUCUCCCGGCCAUAUAUAUCUGUGAGAAUAAUCAGUAUGCCAUGGGUACACAACUCCAUCGUCAUUCAGCUAACACAAAGUUUUAUACUCGCGGUGAUUUAAUACCUGGUAUAAAGGUUAACGGAAUGAGAGUAAUUGACGUUCGAGAAGCUGUAAUAUUUGCCAGAGAUUAUGCAAUUCGUAAUGGUCCAAUUAUCUUAGAAGUAGAUACUUAUCGUUAUUAUGGACAUAGCAUGAGCGAUCCUGGUGUUGGAUAUCGUACCAGAGAUGAAAUUAAAUCUGUACAAACUGAACAAGAUCCCAUCUUGCUUUUUACAAAACUUCUCGUUGAUAACGGACUGAAAACUCAAAACGAAACUGAUGAAAUACGAAAAGAAAUAUACAAAGAAGUGGACGCCGAGGCAGAACUAGCAAAAGCCGAUCCGUGGCCAGAAUUAACUGAAAUUACAAAGGCAGUAUAUGCUGAGCCAAUAGGAAAAUGUAGAUUUAAAGCACCCUGGGAAAACAUUUGAAGAAAACUUUUUUCUAAAUUGGACGCAUUAAUUAGAUCAUUUCUCGUCUCUUUUUACGUGUUUACUUUUAACA